CAACAUGGAACAUAGGCAGCCUUGUAUUUGUAGAAUACAGACAGAUAUCCCCUUCCGCCCAGGUUACUGACAGCCAAGAUUACCACAGCAGAAAAUUUAUCAGAGAAGAAUGCAACUAGUAAUUCAGACAGCUACGAAAUGUGCCACCCACAGAUGUCAUUUAUACUACACAGAAAAGAUGGCGGGUACACAAAAGAGGCGGUGUCUCCUGGGGAUGAGAACAAGCCAGCGCAAUGAGGCCAUGCGCACAGUGGACUGGCACACCAACUUGAGGCGUCACCCAUUCCAUAUCAAAAACAAAAUCAGAGACUGAAACAAGAUCCAGGCUCCAACAAAAUGGACAAUUUCCAAGUAUUUGAAAAGCAUCAAACAGCUGUGGCGAGGAAGACAAGUUUCACAGUCCAGGGUGAGGCAAAUGCAUGAAAAACAAGCUCUUCUAUAACAAAACAGAACAGAUUCUUUUGCAAAGCCAGUAGGGCAUGAGCAAUACUGGUCAGGGAUCCAGGACUGGCUCCCUAUGUGAAAUUAUGUUUGAAGAAAACCCGACUUCAAGGUAUUUAACCAGGUCUACCUGCUCAGAAGAGUCCCAAGAAACUAACACAGCCACUUCCUAUGUUUUGGGACUACAGGAAAACUUGGGACAUGGCCCAGGAGACAACAGCAGUGAAGCAUCUCCUACCACCAAUGACUUCUCAGCAAAUUCAACCUCAGUGCAGCACCAUCUUGUCAGCCUAAAGAAGCAGACAUCCAAGCAGAAGGCAGAGUAUGAAGCUAAAAUUACAAGCCUGGAGCAGCGGAACAAAGAGCUGCAAUCGGAGAUUAAGGAUCUGCAUUCAAAACUGGGUCAGCAACGGAAGUGGUACAGUCUGGUGGAGAUUAAAAUGCGAAAUGCAGAGAGGGCACGGGAAGAUGCAGAAAGAAGAAAUGAAAUGCUCCAGAGGGAAAUGGAAGAGUUUUUUGAUACCUUUGGGGAAUUAACAAAUGAUGUGAAGAAGACAGAACAAAAACUGUUCAAAGUUUUUAAAUCAAUUAACUAGACCAGUUUGCAAACAAAGAGUUGAUAUUUGAUUAAAUGGCUACUGUCAUUUCAAUGCAGAAAUUAGAUUUCUAACGGCAAAAUAAGCUUAGUAGUACAAACUAAACUUCGUUAAACUUUUAAUACAAAUAGGGAAUAAAAUUACAGUAUUUAAUAAACCAAGUUAGCAAUGCCUACUAUUAAUUUU